UUGUUCCAAGGUUGCUCCUUGAUGAUUGUGUAUGCCUCUAGUGUUUACUAGAGAGGAGAACUUGUUGUACCCACUUGGUUCUUGGUGAUUAGUGGAAGUUUGGGUGCCGUUGUUGAGCGGCCGUGGUUUUCUCCCCGAUUUGGGGUUUCCACGUAAAUCGUGUGUUCUUUAUUUUAUUUCCGUUGCUAUCUAUUUGUGGUGGUGGUGCUGAUUUUUGGAGUAUAUUGUGCUUUGUUGUUCAUCUCAUUUAAUUUGGGAAAAAAGAUUUUAUACGCUUCCGUUGUGUUUUGUUCCGUGCUUCCCCAACAAGGACAAACUCCGUGAAUUAACUUUCAAAAGUCAAAAGUGGACAAAGAGAGUGGGACGGAAGGAGUAGAAUAGUGGGUGGUAUAUCCACUUUCUACUCUUCCUAGUAUUCUUAUCCAAUUUCUACUCUUCAUUCUGCUCAUCAACAUCAAAGACUCAAAGAAAGAGUGUGUUGAGAAGAGUUGUGGUAUACCAUCUCAAUUUCAUCUCUUCUUCCUCCCCCCAGAAUCUUAGCUAUGGAGAAGUCUGGGUAUUGUCGCGACGGAAUAUACCGAUCUCUCCGGCCGCCGUUAAUCCUCCCCAAGGACCCUGACCUCUCCAUGGUCUCUUUCCUAUUCCGGAACAUCUCUCGGUACCCUGACCAACCGGCAAUCCAAGACGCCGAUUCCGGCGAGACUCUGACUUUCGCGCAGUUCAAAUCCGAGGUCUCCAGAGUCGCUCAUGGCUUGGUGCACCGACUGGGCAUCAGGAAAAACGACGUCGUCCUUAUCUUCUCCCCCAACUCCAUCCAGUUCCCCCUUUGCUUCCUCGGAAGCAUCGCCGCCGGCGCGAUUGCUUCGACGGUUAAUCCCACCUAUACAGUUCCAGAGCUGUCCAAGCAAAUCAAGGAUUGUAGCCCGAAGCUCAUCGUCACCGUUCCCCAACUGCUCGACAAAAUCAAAGGGUUUAAUUUACCCGUUUUGCUUCUGGGUCCUGAAAACCCUAACCGUUCCGGCCUCAAUUCCUCUCCGGGCCUCACAUUUUUCGCGGACUUAGUGAGAGAUUCUCGUCAAUUGGACUUGGACAGUGUUUCUAUUAAGCAGAGAGACACGGCUGCGCUUCUGUACUCUUCUGGGACUACAGGAGUCAGUAAGGGAGUAGUCUUGACUCAUGGUAAUUUCGUGGCAUUGUCUCAGAUGGUGAAUGCCGAUCAAGAUGCUGCCGGUGAAAUGCAUAAUGUGUUCUUGUGCAUGUUGCCCAUGUUCCAUGUGUUCGGGCUUUCCGUCAUCUUGUACUCCCAGUUGGUGAGGGGGAACACUGUGGUUUCCAUGGGAAAAUUUGACCUGGAGAUGGUUUUGAAGAAUGUGGACAAGUACAGAGUGACACAUAUGUGGGUUGUGCCUCCGAUCAUACUGGCUUUUGCUAAGAGCAGUGUGGUCAAGAAGUAUUCUUUGACAUCGUUGAAGCAUAUUGGGAGUGGUGCAGCUCCCCUUGGGAAAGAUUUGAUGGAGGAAUGUGCCAAGAAUUUCCCUCAGGCUGCUCUAGUUCAGGGGUAUGGGAUGACAGAGACUUGUGGAGUGAUCUCAAAGGAGAAUCCGAGUAUUGGUAUGAGACACUCAGGGUCAGCGGGAAUGCUUGUUCCUGGACUGGAAGCUCGAAUAGUUAGUGUUAGUAAUCCGCAGAAUCUCCCUCCCUGUCAGUUGGGGGAAAUUUGGGUACGGGGUCCUAACGUGAUGAAAGGCUAUUACAAGAAUCCUGAGGCUACCAAGGCAACAAUAGAUAAACAGGGAUGGCUCCACACUGGAGAUCUUGGAUAUUUUGAUGUAGAAGGACAACUAUAUGUUGUUGACCGUAUCAAGGAGCUCAUUAAGUACAAAGGUUUUCAGGUUGCACCAGCAGAGCUUGAAGGGUUGCUGGUUUCUCAUCCAGACAUACUGGAUGCUGUAGUCAUCCCAUAUCCAGAUACUGAAGCUGGUGAGGUCCCAGUUGCAUACGUUGUUCGCUCUCCGAAUAGCUCUCUGACUGAAGAAGAUGUCAAGAAGUUCAUUGCAGAUCAGGUUGCGCCGUUUAAGAGACUGCGACAGGUAACAUUUAUAAACAGUGUCCCAAAAUCAGCCUCUGGGAAAAUUCUGAGGCGGGAACUGAUUGAAAAAGUUCGAUCAAAACUAUAAUCGCACCUGAAGAUUGUCUUAUCAGGCGGAGAAGUCUGCAUUUGUAGCUGCAAAAUUGGAGGCUAGUGUUUUCAGGGCAAUGAAUAUGCCACUCUUCCUGGUACAACCAAUUUGCUACUUGUAACUCUAAACAAUAAAGAUGCCACUGUCUCCACUGCCUUCAUUCAUCUCUGUAAGUUCUUUCUAUUUAUCAUUAGUGGAACAAAUUAUUUUUCUUUUUUCUUUUUUUUUUUUUGGGGUGGGGUGUGUGGUGACUCGAAAAUCUGAGGUUUCCAUAACGCCCUGUCCAUUAUAUUUAUGAUGCACAAAAACAGCCAAAAAUGUAUUUUUUUUAUUAAGUUCCACCAUAAUUUGUAUAUCAGCUACUGAUGUAAUGUAAUAGAUAAGCCUUUUGCGUAGGGAUAGCAAACACAAUU